GGGCCGAUCAGAUUAAUUUGUAAUGGAGUAUUGAUCCCAGAAAAAACCCAAUAUGCUGGCCCGAUGCGAUCGCUUCUUCUUCAAUCUUGGGAAUUGAUGAGACCGUAGUCUUACCUAUCCGCAACUGCAACUAAAAGGCCACUACAGCUACCGGUUGCAUUACUUAUUCUAUCUGAUUCUGGUAUUGUUGUAGUUGCCGGCGAGUGGCGAUGGACAAGAUGAACCAUGCGUUCGAGAGGGUUAAGAUUCUCGUGGGAAUGGAGGUGGACGAGGAACAACUUGUCGAGGGUAAUUCAUCGUUCAUCGACGAUUUCAAUCGUCAAUGUGCAUUGUCUACCAAACAGAGAUUAUAUGGCUUUGUGACAUGCUUUGUUGCUGGUUUAGCAUGUACGCUCCUGUCAAUGCUUGUCUUCUUCAACCCAAUCAAGUUUGGGAUAACAUUCACCUUUGGCAAUCUGCUUUCACUUGGGAGCACAGCCUUCCUUAUUGGCCCCAAACGGCAAGUGACAAUGAUGCUUGAUCCUGUUCGUAUUUACGCAACAGCCAUAUACCUUGCUAGUAUCAUCAUUGCACUGUUUUGUGCUCUUUAUGUCCAUAACAAGUUCUUGACACUUUUCGCGAUCAUGUUAGAGUUUGGUGCACUAGUAUGGUAUAGCUUGAGCUACAUUCCAUUUGCCCGAUCCAUGGUCUCAAAAGUCAUGGUAGCUUGCUUUGAUACUGAAUGGUGAGAUACUGGUUGCAGAACCAUCCCAGCUUACACAAGGUUUUAUUGUGGAGUUCUCUGACUGCGAAAAUUAGACGCUGUACUGUUGUGCCUUUACACAGGAUAUACACACAGAAUAUGUAAACCUUUAAAGUCCCUUCCAAGAUGUGGAAAAUUUGAGCGGGGCUGCGGUCUCAAUAUAUAAUGUUCUUUUUCUUUUUAGGUGGGUUGUAACUUGGCAUUGCUGUCUUGUUAUCAUUAACAGAGUUCUGAGUCCCCUCUCCUCUCUCUCUUUCUGUCUCAAAAAUUUGUGUUCUUUAAUUCAUCUUGUGGAGGUACGUUCCCA